AUAACAUGUCAGCCCCCAUACUUAACACACGAGAAAAGAUAAAAUGAUAAAAAUGACCAAACAAACGUACAAAAAUACAAAAUAUAUUCAGGCAUUUAUUGUGGAAGAUCAUAAUGAGGUUGUCCCAUAUAUUCACACGUAUAUAGGAUCAAAACAGCUGCCAUUUGAGGGACUCACCCUGAUUCAUUUUGAUUCCCAUCCAGAUCUACUUAUCCCGCUAAACAUGCCGGCGGACACGGUCUUCAACAAACAUACUCUGUAUGAAACGUUGAGUAUUGAGAACUGGAUCAUGCCACUGGUAUAUGCAGGACACAUUAGCACCAUCUACUGGCUGAAGCCUCCUUGGUGUGAGCAGAUAGGUGAACACACACUGGAGUUCUAUGUCGGCAAGUGUGUCGAGACAGGAAGAAUCCGAACAACUUGCAAAGAGAAUUAUUUUGUAAGUGAAGCCCUGUAUUCCCCGGAGGAGCAGCUGGAAAAUAAGAAGAAAGUGGCACUGACUGUGAUUUGCGUUAGACCAGAACCAUGGCUGGCCACAGACAGACAUUCUGCGAGUGUUUCUCAUCAGUCAGUCGACCAACACGUACACAUAUCUAAAUGUUCUGAACACUCUGACAUAAACUGUGGACAGAACAAUGUAGACUGUGAAAAAGACAAUAUCUCAAGGGAGUCCGAGUUGAAAGAUGACCAAAGAAACCCAAACAGUCUCUCAGAAGAUGAUAUUUACUCUCUGUCUCCCCCAGAGAAGAAGGUGAAACAGGACAGUAUAAGUGAUCUAAAUUCCCUGAGAAAGAAAACCAUACUUCCUCCUUCUGUCUGUGAGAGGUUUGUGAGUAUAUCGGAGAUGUUGCAAGGAAAGCGGUACAUUCUGGAUAUUGAUUUGGACUUCUUUUCAACGAAGAAUCCUUUCCAAGAACUCUAUACCACAGAACAGCUGCGAUUGCUGAGUGAACUGUAUAGGUAUAGCAAGCCCGAGGACAGUUCCAGCGAGGCUAUACAACGGUUUGUGGAAAGAAGAGAAAAACAACUGGAAACUCUGAAAAAUGCUUUUGCCACUUUGUCAAAAGAUAUCAAUGCAGAAGUAUCUAAUUUAGAUGGUAAAAGUGUGUCCCUCGUGAAGGAACUAAUCAGUAACCUCGUGUCCAGCAGCAGCGAUGUUGACUUUGACCUGGUUCACGAUGCCGGCUGCACAAUGGAUGACACAGAGUUGCCGCAUCACGUGAGCUCCAAGAAACAGAUUCUACAGCUGAUGGAGGCAACGAGAGAAAUACUCAAACUUCUUCCUCACCCAACACUGGUCACAGCAGCUAGAUCAAGCAGUGAUGAUUAUUGCCCACCUGACCAAGUUGAGUUUAUCCAGCAAAACGUCAUACAAAUCCUGGAACAGACGUAUCCCACAAUUGUCAUCAUGCCUUCUUAUGUACAAAAUAUUGACAUUAACGAACCCACACCAGCUAGCAACAAGACAUCAUAAUUUGUGUAUGGAUGUUUUUUGUAAAAGAAUAUAUUUUGAAAUAAAAUAUAAUAAAUCCAGUUUAUUAUUAUUAGUCUGUAUAUACAAAGUGUUUCUGGUCAUCUGAACAUUUUAGCAGCUCAAACUGGCACCAACCUCUGGAUGAUCUCUUUAUACAAUGGGUAAAAGUUAAAUGAAUAUUCCUUCCCAUAACAGUAGAGACUUAAAAAGUUUCAGUUAGUCGGUUUAGUUUAACAACAUCACUAAAGAGCAUUUAUUUGUUAAUCAUC